UAUAUAGUGCACGCAAAACUUAUCGCGAAUGUAACUGUUCGGGUUGAAGCAACAAAAAAAAUUAUAUAUACAAGUGUAAAGAAAACCCAGUUAAAAAGCGACUAUAAAAAGUUUGCACGAAAAAAAUGUAUUAGCUUAACAAAUUUAAUACCAAAAAAACCAGUAAAAGUUGCUCUGAGGUCUUUUAGAAGAAAACGAUAUAAAUAAAAAAUAAUAGAAUAAUAUAAAUUAACUAAAAUGAAAUAAGUUGAAAAUAGUUCAUAACUUAAUUAAAAGCCAUGUCAUUGGUGUUGAUUUUAUUUUUAACCUGCGCUCUCUGCUACUUCAUACGCGCCAAGUGGCAAAUUUAUGCUGUCGGCCGUCGCAUACCAGGACCAUGGGCUUUGCCAUUGGUCGGUAAUGUGCAAAUGUUAGAUAAAUUGAAGCCCGAAUCUUUAUUUCAAAGCCUCGCAGAUUUACGUUCUAAAUUUGGCGAAACCUACCGUUUAUGGCUCGGACCCGAAUUGUGGGUCUUUCUGCAUAGUCCAGAGGAAACGCGGGAAGCUUUGAAUGACCCGACACUAACGAGACCGGCAGUUUUUCAACAGCUGAGCGUGUUGAUCGGCAAUGGUCUGCUGAUAAGUCAUGGUAAACACUGGGAAACCCAUCGCCGCGCAUUAAGUCCCGCUUUUCAUCCACAUAUACUAAGCGGCUUCACACCUGCAAUAGCAAGGUAUGGUGAUGAGCUAGUGCGCAAACUACGCGCAACUUCUGGCAUGCCCAUAGAAGUAGAGGAGUGUCUCUUCGCCUGCACACUGGAUGCGAUUAUUGAAACCUCAAUGGGCAAGCAAUUGAAUUCGCUUACAGAUCCACACAACCGUUAUACGCACGCCUUUCACAAGACGAGUGAACUUCUUUUCAAACGCAUGACAAACCCACUGCUGGGUUUAGACUUCAUAUUCCGACGCACGAAAAUGUGUCGCGAGCUGUAUGCAUCGUUAGCAGUGAUAAACGAGCUGAUGAUUUCGGUGAUUGACGCGCGUGUCGAAGCACUUCAACUGCAAGCAGAGUUUGGGCUGGAUUUGUCACCUGCAACCUCAGAGAACGGCAUACGCAAACAGCGUCGCACACUGUUGGACACACUAUUGACAGCUGAAAUUGAUGGGCAGAAGCUAACGAGGGCGGAAAUAUGCGACGAAGUGAAUACGUUUGUUUUUGCGGGUGUGGACACGACCACAGCGGCAAUGUGUUUUGUGCUUUACAGCCUAGGCAAAUAUCCGGCGGAACAACAAAAACUGAUAGCGGAAAUUGAAGAAAACUCAUUGCGUUACGCCGACCUAACCGUCGAUGCGCUCAAUCGUUUGGAAUAUUUAGAUCUUUUCAUCAAAGAGGUGUUGCGCUAUUAUACUGUUGUGCCUCUAACAGGGCGUCAGACUACCACCGACACUGUAAUCGGUGGUCGGCGCUACUGUGCUGACAUAACACUUUGGAUCAAUUUGUAUGGACUUGCACAUGACGAGAAAUAUUUUGAAUCGCCGGAGCUGUUUCGCCCGAUGCGUUUUGUGAAUACACAAAAUGAGCGUUUGCCUGCCUAUGUUUACAUACCGUUUUCGGGAGGACCACAUAUUUGCAUAGGCCGGAAAUAUGCAUUGUUGAUCAUGAAAAUCUUAACUGUUCAGAUUCUACGGAACUUCGAAGUGCAAUUGUCAAAUCCGAGCGAAGUGUUGGUGCUGCAGGCACAAAUGGUUUUAAAAUCGCUACAAGGAUUUAAUUUAAUAUUCACGCCCAGGACAAUGGAGGGCUGAACAAUAUUUUAUUAUAUCCGUAGCAUUGGUUUAAUAAAUUACUAAAGAGUACACAUACGAAAAUAUAUCUAUAAGUUUUGCGAUUAAGUU